AGAGAGAGAGAGAGAGAAUGUGUGUGUGUGAGAGAGAGGGAGUGAGUGAGAGAGAGAGAGAGUUGGCUGCUGAAUAAAACACAGCUCAUGCUGCUAGUCUGCAGUGAGAGUGUGUGCCUCAGCCAGUCACUGUAAACCCUGAAUUGUCUGAGCUCCUGAAGGGAAGGUGGAAUGACACUCGGCGGAAUGAGACCCCAGUGAGCUCAGCAUGUCUUUCAAGAAGGAAACACCCCUAGCCAACGCUGCAUUUUGGGCAAGCAGAAAGGGGAACCUGGCCCUCCUUCAGCUGUUGCUGAACAGCGGCCGUGUGGACGUCGACUGCAAAGACAGCUAUGGAACCUCGGCUCUGAUGGUGGCCUCCUACAGCGGCCAUUAUGACUGUGUGAGGGAGCUCAUCAUGCAAGGGGCAGACAUCAACCUGCAGAGGGAGACAGGUUCUACAGCCCUGUUCUUCGCAGCACAGCAGGGACAUGAUGACAUCAUCAAGCUCCUUUUUGAGUUUGGAGCUUCCACAGAAUUCCAGACCAAGGACGGUGGCACGGCCCUGUGUGCCGCCUGCCAGAGUGGUCACUCCAAAGUAGUAGAGACCCUGCUCAAGAACGGAGCCAACAUCCAUGACCAGCUUAGCGAUGGCGCCACUCCUCUGUUCUUAGCCUCUCAGGAAGGUCAUGUGACCAUUGUCCGUCAGCUGUUGUCAUCUGGAGCCAAAGUAAACCAGCCUCGUGAGGAUGGCACCACACCACUGUGGAUAGCAGCUCAGAUGGGCCACAGUGAAGUUGUGAAAGUUCUGCUACUGCGUGGUGCUGACCGAGAUGCUGAGAGAAACGACGGCUCCACUGCACUUUUUAAAGCUGCACACAAUGGACACUGCAAUGUCAUAGAGGAGCUCCUAAAGUUUAACCCAUCUCUUGGCCUUCUGAAGAAUGGUUCCACAGCUCUUCAUGCUGCAGUCAUGGGUGGAGAUCCGAAAACUGUGACGCUUCUUCUGAAAGCCAAUGCCGAUCCAACUUUACGCAAUAAGAAUAAUGACCUACCAGGGGACCUCACAAAGAACGAGCGCAUCCUGAGGAUUCUGCGGCUGCAUAUCUUAAAUGGAGGAAGUUGAUGACUGUUCCUCUUGGCCCUUAGAGUUUUAUAGCCUUUGGUUUUUGUGGCUAACAAAAAUGCACUACACCAAGCCAAAAGAGAAACUGCAACCACAACAUUUUUAAUGGUGCCUGCUUGUAUUUGCAGCUUUAAAACUUCUGUAAGAAAUUCAUAAUUGCACAAAAAAACAGGAUUAUUCUUUGUCCUGAGGAAAAACGUUACAAGCUGUAAAUCAGUUUAAUUUAGCUUUUUACCAUUUAGGCCACACACCUGUAGCAGGAAAAAAGUAUGGUGCAGUUCAGUUCCCUGCUAUGUCUUACAAAUGCAAACAUAGAUUGUGUGUGUGUGUGUGUGUGUGUGUGUGUGUGUUUAACUCCAUGUUUCUUUUGGGUUUGUCUUUCUAGAUUAGGUUGGAAUUCUUUCUUCCACUGCAGCUUCCAACAAGUUUCUCUGUACUAAAUUGAGUUAUUCUUAUUUUAAUAUUAGGAUAGAAAGAGUAAUUCUAUUUAUUAUCACAAAACUGUCAUCAUGUAAUGAAGUUUGCUAACCGUGUUCCUUAUGACAAAGAAAUAUCAAACCCAGUCUAGCCAUAAUAACAGCCUGGAGGAAUCUUAUAGCUGUGUAAGCUUAAUGCUUUAUGUGCAGUUUUUUUUUUUAAUUAAUUUUAUUCUGACAUACUGGUCAGAUGUUGCAUUUGGUAUUCUAAAUUUAACGAUUUAACUAUUGGUGCUGUAAAAUUGUAAAGUAUUUUGCAAAAUGUGUCUGUGAAAGUGUGUCAAACUGUAUAUUUGUGAAAUAAAUACUGCAGUGAAAUAUAA